UUGACAAACCAAGCGGGAUUACUUCCCACAAGGUUAUUGAAAUUAUUCGAAAAAAAUUGAAUAUUCGAAAGGUAGGACAUGCGGGAACCUUGGACCCUUUGGCGACUGGAUUAUUGGUGAUUAUGAUAGGAAAAAAACUCUACCAAUAUGCUCGACAAGGAUUAACGGUUGCCAUUCCCCUUCGCCAAGUAGCAAUAAAAUCAAUAAAAUUAGUAGGUUAUAAAGAAGCAGAAAACCAAAUAGAUAUAAGGGUAGAAUGUAGUAAAGGAACCUAUAUCCGUAGUCUAAUAAAAGAUAUAGCCGAAAAAAUGGGAACUCUUGCCACUGUCAAAGAAUUAAGGAGAAUCGAAUUAUUAAACUUACCCACGGCUACUUUUUCCGAUUUAGCCGAAAGAAUAAAACCUUUUGUUAGGUUAGAAAAAGAAAUCAAUUUAUUAGCCCAGCAAGAAAAGCAAUUAAAUCAGCACCAACAAUCAACCCAAGAAAUUAAAGAGAGAGUGGAUGGCAGUGCUGGGGAAGUUUUAAAUUCCCCAGUUCGGAGACAAGAUAAAAGUACUCCGAUUAUAGAUUAG